AACUGUCAGGACCGGCGGUCGUUUGGUCAACUAAACGGCGACUAAGCGUGUCCGGAAUUGAUUUUAUAACCAAGCCCAUUUUGAGGCCAUGGAGAACUGGGGUCUCAUCCUCUUUCGGGAAAACCGACUUUAUCACAACAAGGAAACUGAGAGCGAGGACGACCGUUUUACUCUCAUUCAAAUAAUGGCGCACGAAUUGGCGCAUCAGUUUUUCGGCAACUUGGUUACUUCCAAUUGGUGGAGUGACAUUUGGUUUAACGAAGGCAUGAGUUCACUCUUCGAGAUGGAAUUAACCGAUUAUGCAAUGCCAAACGACACGCAUCGUUGUGAAGCCGAACGCCAUAAAUCCAUUCGAUCCGCCAUGAAAUUCGAAGAGGAGCGAACAGAACCGCUGACGGUCAGAAUCCGACAAGUGGAGACGGCCGAAGAAGGUGAAAGAUGUUUGAUCCACUUUCCUACAGUGUAA